AUGGCGUGGAAGCGACUGUUGCCCCUCAUUCAAAAGGAGAUAGCGAUUCUACGAGAACUCAGCCACCAGCAUAUCAUCAAAGUCAUAUGCACUUACGAGACGACAGUUACACCGCGCCAAUUCCGCAUUCUUCUUUUCCCUGUUAGGGAAGAGGAUCUUCUCCACUAUAUGGAACGAGUCGGCGAGAAUCAUUUCCCUAAGAAAGGGAUCACAAUCCUGAAGAAGUGGAUAAUCUGUCUCGCAUCCGCCAUGGAAAAUAUUCAUGGCCGAAGAGUCGAGGAUUUGCAUGACUUCCGGAGUGAGCCAGGCCCCGAUGAACUAGAACGAAUGACCUUGUGCUAUUAUGCUACCGCAUACAAAUUGAGGAAUUGGUUUGCCACAAAGAAAGGCAAAGAAGAUAAAAACAUAUAUUCUUUAAUGCCUUGUGUGGUGAGUAGUGAUCGGAACGAUGACCUACCGCAGGAUUUGUCAAGGAUGGCUGUCUGCCAGACACCGAUCUGUCCUCGCCGUGCCAAUGCUUUCAGGAUGAGUGGGAGCCUCAUGGGGCGGAAAUACGGCUCGUGGAUAUGA